UGUAAAUAAUUGGAAUACAAAUUACAAAUGGAUUUUUACAUAUUUUUAUAUCACACAUUUUCUCUGUCUAUAGGACAAGUUGAUGAUAAUAAUAAUUAGGAGAUUUUUUAUUAUGUCGUGUUCUAAAAUUACGGAGAAAGCAGAUGAAGAACCAGAGGAUGAAGAGGCUGAUGACACUUUAGUAGUAGUUGUUAAGCCUGAUGGUACAGUUGCUAUAGAUCAAGAAACAUUCAAUAGAGUUUUGGAAAGCAAAAAGGAAACCAUGAAUAUUAUCCACUUUGAGAACAGCAGUAAUAAAGGCAUAACCACAAAUCCAGAGAAUGGAGAGCCAGAAAUCAAUUUGACUGUGCAAGGUUUUUAUCCAUCUAUUUCUACCAAAACAUUCUUAUCCCAAGCCAAUGAAAAUAGUGAUAUGACAACAAAUACUAUUUAUUUGGAUCAUUGUUAUUACAAGGAUUGCCCACCAAACAUACCAGAGACCAACAUUUGUUCGCCUCAAAUUACACUCUCUACCGGAAUACAGCAUAUUACAAAUGAAUUAAAAAAAUCAAAUAUUGUAGACGAAAUUGAAGAAAUUGAAGAGAUUACCGUUUCAGUGGAUGAGAAUAUCAAACCAGGCAUACCAUCAAUAACCGUAUCCAAUAAUGUUGCAGAAAGUAAUUUACCCAACAACAAAAAGAUGCUAAACUUAAGAGUUGGAAAAAAUGAAAAACCAAGAACUAAGGGUCCUAUAUCUUUAAGAAAUACAAUAACUAAAAAGAAACCUGAUGAAAUACAAAGUAAUCAAUCCGGGGAUAAAGCAAGAGCUACAAAAACGGUUAAACGUCUGGUACCAACGAAGACAUAUCAUCAAGUUCGUCCAUCAGUUCAAAUAAAAAAUAAUCGACAAAAAAAAUCAGAUGUUAUUGUAGACAAAGUUUUACUGCAAGCUAAUGAAUUGAUUCGUCAGUCAAGUAUUGAACCAAAAAAAUACAUACAAAAUCAGUUGAUGUUCAAAAAGAAUAAAGAUAAAAUUGGAAUUAUUGAAAAUUCUCUAGAUUCUUUAUCAGCUCCACAAAAACAUGUUACUCAAUUAUUAGAUGCACCUGAAUUAUUUUCAUCUCCAGAUAUUAUUUUAGAUGAUACCAAAACAUCUAUUCAAACUGUAAAUAACGAAUUGGAUUCUAAAAUAAAUGUUAUCGAUAAAAUUGAUGAUAUAUCAACUAUAGAUAACCUCAUAUCUAACACAACAAAAGAUAUAGAACAAGUUAUUGUAAAUAAAGAAGAAACUGGAAGAGUUCGAAAACUCUCAAGUCGAAUGAAAGAUAAUCCAGUUGAAAUUACUGUAACUAAAACAGUAGAAGACAUAUUAAAUGAUAUUAGUUCCAAAAUAGCCAAUCAAACAGAAAUUAUUGAUGAGGAAAAUUUGAUUGAUGAACUAGCUGAUCUCAAUGAAGACCUUAACUCUUCAAAUUUUGUUGCUCCAUCUAACUCUAGUCACGAUUUGAUGAACAAACUAUUAUCUGAUGAUAGUCUUAAUCAUAGUGGCAAGAACGACUCAAUAACAUCAGUAACUGAUGACAAACCUAAAGGUCCUACUAUAGUGGUUUAUGGAAAAUCUGGUAGAAUAGUGACACUGCCUCCAAUCGAGAUUCCCAAGACUCGGUCAUUAGUAAAAAAAGAAAAUCUCGAUGCUAGUAUAAAAGAGCAAGGUAGACAAAGACGUUCAUCAGAAAAUUCAAAAAGUAUAAAUGACUAUAGUGAAGAAUCAGAUACAGAUAGAGAAGGAAAUAUGACUUCAGAGGAUGAUCCACAUAGACUUUGGUGUGUUUGUAGAAAACCUCAUAAUAACAGAUUUAUGAUAUGUUGUGAUACAUGUGAAGAUUGGUUCCAUGGAAAAUGUGUGGGUAUCACAAAAGCCUUGGGUGAACAAAUGGAAGCUCGUGGUGUUGAAUGGAAUUGCCCACCGUGUAAAAAAAAGAGGACUGAAGAUGCACGUAAAAAAUCUGAAGAAGAUAAAGCCAAGAAAUUAGAAGAAGAGAAGGCCAAAAAAUUAGAAGAAGAGAAGGCCAAGAAGUUGGAAGAAGAUAAGGCCAAGAAAUUGGAAGAAGAAAAGGCUAAGAAAUUGGAAGAAGAUAAAGCCAAGAAAUUGGAAGAAGAUAAGGCCAAGAAAUUGGAAGAAGAUAUGGCCAAGAAAUUAGAAGAAGAAAAGAAAAAACUACCAAGUUUGAAAUCACCAAUUAAAAACAGUGAAACAAAAGUUAUAAAAAUUCAACCCCAAUUACAACAAAAUUGCGUUCAAUGUAAAAAAAAUAUUGAAGAUGUUGCAGUAGGCUUAUUUUGUAAGGAAAUAUGUUUGGAAAAGCAUAUUGAAGAAAGUGUAGCUGCUAUAAAAGCAUGUUGUACAUCAGAUUCACCGGAUAUUAUUUUAUUUGACAAAAAAAACAGCAGAUUAAUCACAGGUGAACAAGCUCCAAAACUUACAAAUUUAAAACAAUGGAUGAAAGAAAAUCCAGCAUUCCAAAUUUUGAAACCUUCUGGACCUAAAACUAGCAUUAAUAAACCAUCUUCGAAACCUCAAACUAAUUCUAAGUCGACCACAAAUGCAUUUAAAUGUCUUAAAAAAGAAAACGAAAAUCGCCUUAAGAGACCAGCCAUCAGUCCAGAUAAACAUAAGGCAAAAGAAAUGAAAAGAGAAUUUGAUGUGUCAGAAUUAUUGCAACCUGAUAAAAUUAAACUGGUAUUUGUUAAAAAAGAAUCACCAAAAUCAAUAUUACCUAAAAAAGAACAUAUUAAACAUACUACUCCUCAAAAAGAACCUAAUAAACAUACUACUUCUCAAAAAGAACCUAAUAAACAUACUACUCAAAAAGAACCUAAUAAAUAUACUACCCAAAAAGAACCUAUUAAACAUACUAUUUCUCAAAAAGAACCUAUUAAACAUACUAUUCCUCAAAAAGAACCUAUUAAACCUACUAUUCCUCAAAAGGAGUCAUCAAAAUGUAUACAACCAGUAUCACAGAUAAAAACCACAUCCCUUUCAAAAAUAAAUGCAGUCCAAAAAGUUAUUAAGAAAAAACCUGAACCAGUCAAAGAAAUUUUUAAUGAGAAAAAAGGUGAAGAACAAUUGCGUUCUAAUGUUCGUAAAUCUUUAUUAGAAUCAUUAAGUAGUAGAAUAUCUGAAGAACCAGAAUUAAAAUCAGCUGAACAAGACUUAGAGGAAUUGAUCUUGAAAAUUGAAGAAGAACUUUAUAAUCAAUUUAGUAAGGUUGAUCAGAAAUACAAAACAAAAUAUAGAAGUUUAUUAUUCAAUAUAAAAGAUCCAAAAAAUUUAAAUUUCUUUAAGAAAAUUAUGUUUAAGUGGGUUACACCAUAUCAGUUGGUGCGUAUGACUGCUGACGAAAUGGCAUCUCAGGAACUUGCUGAGUGGAGAGAACGAGAAAACAAACAUCAAAUAGAAAUGAUCCGAAAAACUGAGUUGGAUAUGAUGAAUCAACCAAAGGCUUUACUAAUGAAGACUCAUAAAGGCGAAGAAAUCAUUGAAUCCAGGGAUAAUAAGGAGACAAUAGUAUCAGAGUUUAAUCCUGACAUUAAGGUUGAGGAAAAGAAACCACAGAUUUUAUUAAAAUUAACCAAAGAAAAAAAAAAGAGCAAAUACAAAGAAAGAAGUAGUAGUGGUGAACGUGAUCGUAGACAUCAUAAGUCUAGUAGAAAUCGUCAUAAAUCACACAAGGAUAAAAAACGUAGAAGUCGUGACCGGAGCAAAAGCAGAGACACUAAGAAUAAAAAAGUUGAAAAAAAUAAAGUAAUUGAGACUGUUGCAGAACCAGUUACUAAUAACACUGAAGUACGUAAAGAUGAAGAUAUUAGUGAUAGGGAACCAAGUUCAACUGUUGUUAUAGCAACUCCACCUCGGAUGGAAGAUGAAGUUUGCCCUAUAUGGAAAGGAACCAUAAAUUUCACUGACGUUGCACGUUGUAAUGUAACAAUGUCUCGAUUAUCUGGUAAUGUAAUUGGAUUGGAGGAAGAACUUACUUUAACAGUUCUGGAAUGUGUUGGUCGCAUCAAACAACAAACUGUUUGGGAAUAUAUGGGUAAAUUGAAAAAAACUGGAACCAAAGAUAUUAUUGUAACAAAGUUAUCAGCAAGCGGAAUAGAACAACAAAUGUCCUACCUGAGCCUAUAUCAAUACCUCAGUGCUAAAAAUCGCAUAGCAGUUAUUGAUAGCAAACCAUUUCCAAACAUAAAAGAUUUUUAUCUAUAUCCUCUUGGCAGUCAUAGUCCUAUUCCUCAGGUUUUAUUGCCAUUAGAUGGACCUGGUAUUGAUGACUAUAGAACCCAUUUGUUGCUGGGUAUAAUAGUACGAAAUUCUAAGAAGAAUUGGGUUCCAUCUUGGCAACCGUCUGAAAAUAAUUAUGUGUUACCUGAUAUCAACGACACUUUGGCUUUACCUCAUCUUAAACCUGCUUUUCCAACAUCUAGUCAAGACAAUUAUUCACCAAAAGAAAGUUAUACUCCACCGAGAUCACCAACUAACAAAAUUCUCAGUUUACCAACACCAGUCUUACCACUAUCUUCAGUUUUGACUGAUGAUGACUUGCCUUAUAUACCGGGGGAAGAAGAACCGUACUCACCAGUUGAUGAGGAUGUGCCUAGCUUGUCUGAUGAUAUAAAUAUAGCUGCAAGUAUUGAACAACAAAUGGAAGAAUUAACCAGAAAAAUUGAAAAAGAAAAAUUAGUUAUACAAAUGAUGACUGCCGGUUCUCAAAAUUCAAUUCUUAUUGAUGACGAUUCACAAGAUCUAGAUGAAGAAGUCUAUAGUCCUACAAGUGAGCUGGCCCCACUAACAACUGAAAUUCAACUGCCUAGUAAUAUUAAAGAUAUACUUUCUUCCAUUAAUACAAAAGAAUUACUUUCAACUGAGGCGGAAAACUCUAAAGCUACUACAGAUGUUGAAAAGAAAUGCAGAGACCCUCGCCAACGAAUUUCAACAGCUGAACCUCCACCACCUGGGCUCGAAGAUGAGUUUACACCACCUUGUAAUCCUGACAUAAGUUUACCUCCACCCCAUUUCUCAACUCCAUACAUGCAACCUAUAAACUAUAUUGCACCUAUUCCUUAUCCUUAUCCUCCACCUGGGUAUAUACCUGAUGCUUACCCAAAUCAAUAUGGACCUCAGCAACCACCUCCACCCCCUCCAGCUAUGGUUUUAGAUCAAGGCAAAUACAACAGUUAUAAUCAACCUGGGUAUGCAUACAAUACAGUACAAUACCAACCACCUCUUCCACCAUCUUAUCCGAAAACUAAAAAAGGAUCAGGAUUUUGGGGCCACGGUAGUUCUAAAAAUGAACCGAAAAAGAAAAAAUUUAAAAAAUCAGGUGAUCGAAGAGAUAAAGGUUCUUGGAGACGUAUGUAGUUGUUUCCUAAAUAAUUUUAUGUUCUUGGGUCGUGUUUUUAUUAAAUCUAUGUUUUACAUGUACAACUUAUUUUAUUUAUCUUAAUAUUGUUAAGAAUUUUUUUUAAAUAUAUUUUACACAUUUUCUUAUAUGAAAUGUAAACUUUACAUGUAUUUAUGUUAUUCAUAUAAAAUUGUUAUAAAUUUUAUUGUAUUUAUAUUUAGUUUAAGAAUUAAUAAAUUUAAAUGUACAAAACUAAUGUGAAUUUGUUGUGCGAGCACGUUACAAAUAGAACAUAAUGUUACAUCAUUUUAUACAUAUAAAGUGUACAACUUUUAUACAUUAAAAUAACACUGACACUUAACUGUGUUUUAAAAACACAGUUAAUAUAAUUAUUGAUGUUAAUUUUUCUCAAUAAAGUUAGAUAAUGUGGACGUGUGACUUCAUAACAUCUUGUCAUUAGAUUUUAUUUUUGGAUUACAACUAUAAUAAAGACAUUUCUGUAAAUUAAAUCAUAAUUUAACACCUUCGGCAUUUAGUCUAAUGUUGAAAACAAAAUCAUUUAUGUUUGUUUUUUCAUUGUCUUAAUAUAAGUAAGUAUGUAUACAACAUAUUACAUAUUUAGUAUUUCUAAACACUAAACAUAGACUUCUAUAGAUAUUAUUGUAAUAGAUACAACAUAGCGUUAUAAUAUUUUUGAAUAUGUUUGGUGUACCAUUAGUUGAGUUAUUGAAAUAAAAUUGAUUAAUUCAAUACAAACUAUGUUGCACA